ACUGACCGACCACUGUGCGCUUCGUUCGAUGUGUUGGAACUUGGCCAGUGAAAUCGGUAUGCCAACAUAACAUUAUUUCUCACCAACGUGUAAGUUCGUGCCGCACGAAGCAGGAAAGCAUUCACAUUUGCCCGUUUUUCGGCAUAGUACCGUUUAAGUUGCAACGAUGAAAAGCUUCCUGUACGCUCUGCUGGCGCUGCUUGCCGUGAGCCAACUUGGUUUGGCCAACGAAGAAAACACGGCCCGUCUGCUGGUUUCCAAGCACAUCCUGAACAAAUAUCUGGUCGAAGCACGGGAUAUCGUCGUAAAGUAUACGCUGUACAAUGUUGGAUCCGGACCGGCCGUGAACGUUCGCUUGGUCGACAAUGGAUUCCAUCCGGAAGUGUUUGAAGUGGUCGGUGGACAGCUGUCGGCCUCGAUCGAUCGCAUCGCACCCCAGACCAACGUAACGCACAUCGUUGUGGUGCGGCCGAAAACGUACGGCUAUCUGAACUUCACCGCUGCCGAGGUCAACUACAUGGCGACGGAAGAUGCGACCGAGCCCCAGUUCUCGAUCAGCUCCGAACCGGGUGAGGGUGCUAUUGUGGCCGAAGCACAGUUCAACAAGCAGUUCAGCUCGCACUACCUCGAUUGGCUAGCGUUCGCGUUCCUGACGCUACCGUCCCUCGCCAUCCCGUACGCGAUGUGGUACAGCUCAAAGUCGAAGUACGAAGCGAUGGGCAAAUCGACGAAGAAGGUGAACUAAAUCCCGCCGACGGUGUGUGCGGCAGGAGCCAGCAGGCAGCAGACAGCAGCAGAUGUGCUUUAGCAACCGAUUUUCCUGUUGCUGGCGGUAGUAGCGCGGGUUCGCCCCGCUCAACCAUCCAUCUUGAAGACUAAUUUAAUGUGUAAGGAGUGUCCUAGCCGGGGAGUGUGUGUUCCCUCAUCUCACGGUUACCCUUUCCGGAGUGCAUCAUCGGUUUUUUUUUCAUUUUCCACCCUUGUGGUGGGAAACACAAUUGGGAAAUAGUUUUCAUCGUUCCACAACACAUCCACAUUUGCAUCACCUCACUAAUGCUCCCGUGGUCGCGAGGAAUAUAGGCAAGGACAAAGGCAGAAACUGUGAAACGAAGAGAUUGAAAACUGGUCGUACCUUUUUCAUUCGGUUUUUGUGAAUAAACUCAGCGAACUGUGUUCGUUAAAAUGUGAACAAACUGUA